AUGUGGCAGUCAGAGAGUCUGUCUCCCAGUGCUCUGCGGAGCAUUAUUCGGCUGCAGAGUCGGGAUAUUAAGAACACCUCUGGUAUCGCUGCAGGAUAUCAACAGGCUAAUGUGGUGAUCUUGCACAAGGAUCUUGCUGAUGACUUUGAGGCGUUUUGCAGAGCUAACAGUAGCCCCCUACCGCUGCUGUACAGGAGCAAAUGUGGAGAAUGGAGCUGUGGCCCCCUCGCCACAGGAUCUGACAUCAGGGAGGACUGUCCAGAGUACUGUGUGUUUGAGAACGGUGUGCUGAUGAAGAAGGUCGCUAGUUUAUCCUCUUACACUCCUCAACUUCAGGACAUGGUUACAUUCUACCUAGGCUGUAGUUUUGGUUUUGAAUCAGCCUUGAAGGCCGCUGGGGUUCCAGUGAGAAAUGUGGAACAGGGUAAAAAUGUCAGCAUGUACAAGACCUCAGUAGCUUGUAUUAGAGCAGGUCAGUUUCACUGUCCGAUGGUGGUGAGCAUGAGACCUGUACCAGAAGACAAGCUGGACAAUGCGGCUCAAAGCACACACGGGAUCCCACUGGCACAUGGAGGCCCUGUCCAUAUUGGAGACCCUAGUUCAAGAGGUAUCCGGGCCCUGUUCUUGCAGGAUGAGCUCCUAAAGGCCUGUCUCUCACUGUCCCAUUCCUCCUCUGUUCUCAUCACCACUGGUUUCCCCACACACUACAUGCACAACCCCCCUGAAGAGACUGAUGGCCCGCCCGGGGCCAUCGCCAUGGCAGCUAUGCUUCAAGCACUCCGCAAAGAGGUGGUCAUCGUGACGGAUGGGCGCGCUUUGGAGAUGAAUCAGCACAUCAUGCGGGAUGCUAUAAAGAAAGGAGUGUCUAACUGGGGUGGCUAUGCUGUCGCCUGUGCUCUGUAUGUUCUCAAUCUCUGCCCAAUACACUGGCGGUACCUCCACAGUGGUUUGGGUCUGUCACUGACGCCUGAUCAACAGAGCCUGUGGAUGGCCUGCCUGCCCACUGUAGCCAAGGAUGGAGAUCCCACUAAGCCCAGGUUUGACCACUUGGUGGCAAUAGAGCGCAGCGGCCGGGCUACCGACGGGAACUACUACAACAUGAGGGGGGUGAACAUCAAGCAUUUAGUCGACCCAAUAGAUGACCUCUUCACCACUGCCAGCACUAUUGCGGGCAUCACUACCACAGGGAUCGGGGAUGGUGGUAAUGAGCUUGGUAUGGGCAAAGUCAAAGCAGCAGUUAAAGCAUACAUGCCUAAUGGAAAUCUGAUUGCGUGUGACGUGGCUGCUGAUUUUGCCAUCACAGCAGGUAAGCGCACCUCACAGAGACCACAUAAUGUUCCUACAUGCUUCCUGCUAGCUGAAAAUAAGCACGUUGCACCUAAACGCAACUUAUGUGGUCACACAGUGGUACUAAGUUUUACAUUACACCUACUUGUUUCUUAUUAAGGGGGCUAAAGGAAGAAUGUUAGUUUCCGAUAUCAUAGGAAGUGGAUCAGAGAUGUUAUUUAACAUACCCUUUGUCCAAAUACCCACACUUGCGGUCUUGGCCACUUGAGAGCG